AUUAAUUUUAAUGAUAAAAGCCACAUAUGAUUAACGAUGCGCUUUUCAUCGAUGGGUAGUGAUAUUAACGAGUCUUCGUCGUUGUUGUUUUGUCGCAAUGGCAGAGAUCGAUCGAAAGAAAGCCGAAUUCGAGGAUUUCGAAAGAUUUAAAGUUGACUCGAAAAAUUUUUCUCAACAAUUUUGUGGAAUUUACAAGGCUCGACUGUCUUUGCUCAAACCAGAGGCUUUGAAAUGCGCCAAAGCUAAAUGGAAAAACAAAAAAUGCAUCCAAAUCGUUGAUCUGAUAAAAGAUGAAUACAAAGAAGUAUCCUGCGUCAUUAUUGGGACAUUGUACAAGCACCAGGCACUCAAGCCUUCUAUAUUGAAAGAAAUCGCUGACGAGUUGCAAGCUGUUCCACAGCCACCAAGAUUAAAUUACUGUAAUCCCAAGGAUGCUCUGUUUCUUGAAGAUGAUGUCGCACGCAUCAGGUUAGUUGGCAAUUUAACUCCAGAAGCUCUGGUUACUGGCUUGACUUCUGCUCUAUGUGGUCAUGGAUUGAACGAUGGAUCAUUUUGGGUUGAAGAUUUUUGCUUUCCUGGUCUAUACUUGAAUCCCUUGAUGCACCCUAUAAGUUGCUGUGCCAAGGAUAGUGGCAAAAUGUUACUGUUACUAUCUGGAUUAGAUUUUGCGAAUAAAGCGGAUAACUUGAGUAUGGAGUUACUAAGUGACUGGAUAACCGGAUUGAUUGGGGAUGAAAAUACACAAAUGGAAGCAGCUAGUGUUGUAAAAGUUAUAGUAGCAGGAAAUAGCGUGAAGGGUACUGCAGAAACAUUCACUCGCAAGGGUUACUUUGAAAAUAAGAAAAAAGAUUCUUUGUUUGCUGAAGAAAUGCAUCAAGCGGUAAGAAGAUUCGAUCGAUUUAUAGAAAAAAUUGCAAAAUCCUGUGAUACGAUCGUUAUGCCUGGAGAAUUUGAUCCAUCUUGCCAUACACUGCCGCAGCAUCCUCUUCACCCAAAUCUGCUACCUAGAGCAAAGAAAGUUAAUUUAUAUGGUGCUACCAAUCCCUGGAUUGGAAAAAUUGGUUCGCGAGUCAUAGCGGGAUCUAGUGGCCAACCAAUAAUGGACAUAAUGAAAGUAUCAGACGUCGAUAUUUCGCCUCUGGGCUGGCUAGAGAAGACACUAGAAUGGCAGCAUUAUGCUCCAACCGCUCCUGAUACGCUAGCGGAAUAUCCGUUUGACCAGAUGGAUCCUUUCGUUAUGCACGAAUAUCCAAAUAUUUAUUUCGUUGGAAAUAUGAACAGAUACGAAAGCAAAAUAGUACAAGGUGUUGACAGAAAUGACGAUUCCGAGGGUCAACCAAUUAGGCUAAUAUGUAUACCAAAAUUCGCAACCAGUCACACAGCGGUCUUGGUAGACUUGGAAUCGUUGGACGCAAGGCCGAUAUCGUUUGGUUAACUUUAAAACAUAGGUCAUCAAUAAUUUAUUAUUUGUAUAAUUUAUCACUCAUCAAGCAUAAUUUUUCCUUCAUCAAUUGAUACCCAAAACAACAAUUUAAUGACUCGGAUUGUGCAAUCAAAGUUUCAAAUUUAUACAUUAGGUACUUGGAUCAGUGUACAUGUACAUAGAUUUUUUUUUUUUAUUCACAUAGAUAAACUUUUUUUUCUUUAAAAUUCUGUUCGUAACAUAAUUAAUGUGUAUAUAUGUAUGUAUAUAUUUUUUCUUGUCUCUGUCUCCUCUUACAACUAAGAUAUUCCGCCAAGUUGUUAUAACUCGGCUUUAAAGUUUUGGCCGAUAUUCCCCCGUCGGGAAAUCCGUAUGCAUCGAUGUGCUUCAUUAAUAUUAAUAGCAUCACAUUUGUCCGAGAAAAUUGAAGCUCUUUGCAGAGAUUUAAAAUCCUGAAGUUAAAAUAUGAAUAUCAUAAGUCUCCCGAGAGGCGUGACAUUGGUUUAAAUGAAUUCUCCACCAUCUCUCUCUCCCUCUCUCUCUCUCUCGGAAGUAGAGUUUUUUUAAUAGAAUCCUAAAUUAUACAUGUGUAUGGACAGAUUGCAAAAUGAAUUAUUGUAACAUUCAGAAUCUCGGAUGAAGCUCGAGAAAAAGCUCAAACAACGAUGAUAUUGUACGUAACAAAUCGGAGUAAAUGAAUAAAUAAUCAAACAAAAAUCCUUUGGCGGAUCUUCUUCUCACGAUAAAUCUAUGAAUUUCCAAUACCUAUAUAUA